AUGGCUGAUAAAGAGGCGACGGUCUAUAUCAUCGACCUCGGGUCGUCGAUGGGAGACUGCAACAACGGCCGUACCGAAUCCAACCUGGACUGGAGCAUGCGCUAUGUCUGGGACAAACUAUGCACCACAACUGCCGCAUCACGCAAGACGUGGCAGGUCGGCGUGGUGGGCGUGCGGACGGAUGCUACUGACAAUCCCCUGGACGACGCCGGUGACCAGGGCUACAACAACAUAUCUGUUCUCCAAAACGUCGCUCCCAUGACGCUAUCUGCUCUCAAGUCGUUGCAGGACAAACUGGUCCCUAGCAGCACUUCAGAUGGUGAUGUUGUCUCGGCAGUCGUGGUGGCAAUCGCCAUGAUCGACGAGGCGGCGCCUCAGCGACUUAAGUACAAGCGCAAAAUUGUCCUCGUUACCGAUGGGCAGGGAGCAAUCGAUGGUGAUUCACUGGGCGAGAUAGCUGAGCGCAUCAAUCAGUUGAACAUUGAAAUUACAAUCAUAGGAGUAGACUUUAAUGACCCUGAUUAUCCAUUUAAAGAGGAAGACAAGCCUCAACUAAAGGCCAGAAACGAGAAGCUACUCAAGUCUCUUUCUACUCACUGCAAAGACAGUGUCUAUGGCACGAUGAUCGAAGCUGUGGAAGAACUUAAUACGCCCAGGAUCAAAUCGACAAAGCCUUACAAAAGCUUUGACGGCCAACUAACACUUGGUGACCCUGAGGCAUACAAGGAGAGUGCUCUGAGUAUUCAUGUUGAAAGAUACUUCAAGACGAAACAGGCCAGGCCGAUUACUGCAAGCAACGUCAUGGUCAAGUCGGAGACGGGGGCUACACAGUCAGGACAGGAUGUAGAGGGCGGCGAUGGGCUGGGUGGCCAGUUCGCCGAUUUGAAGACGGCUAGGAAUUACAAGGUCCUCGACCCGGAUGCCCCAGGUGGCAAGCGUGAUGUUCCUCAAGAGGAACUGGCCAGGGGUUACCUAUAUGGCAGGACUGCGGUUCCGAUGCCCGAGUCCGAGUUCAACAUAACCAAGCUCGAGACCAAAAAGAGCUUCGCAAUACUUGGCUUUAUUGCAUGGGAAAAGUACGAGAGAUUCCUGAACAUGGGAGAAUCAUCCGUCAUUUUCGCCUCAAAGUUCAAUGAGAAAGACGAGCUCGCCUUUUCGGCUCUGGUCAAUGCGCUAUACGAGACGGAGUCACAUGCGAUAGCUAGACUGGUCGCCAAGGACGGCAAAGAGCCCCAGCUUCUGCUGCUGAUGCCUCACAUAGACUUAGAUAUUGAGUGUCUUUACGAUGUUCCUCUGCCGUUCGCAGAGGACAUUCGAUACUAUCAAUUUCCACCGCUGGACAAAGUCGUCACAAUUGGUGGCCAGAGUCUCACAAAGCACAGGCUACUACCAAGCGAGGAGCUGGAGAAAGCCAUGAGCGACUAUGUAGAUGCUAUGGAUAUUUCGGCAGCUGGUGGGGAUGAUCAGGAGCCCCAAGAAUACGCUCCGAUUGAAGACACAUACUCGCCCAUAAUUCAUCGUGUCAACCAGGCCAUUCGCUUCCGCGUGGUAUACCCAGAUAAGCCGCUUGAUUUGGACUCUGAGGUGCUUACAAGAUACUCGGUUCCACCUCGUAAGGUCACUUCCCAGGCCAAAGACCAAAUAAACAAGCUCAUAAAGGUCGCCGAUGUCAAGAAAGUGCCUCCAAAGGCAAAGGGCAAACGGCAACGCGAGGUUGUCAAGCCGAUUUCAGGCCUCGAUGUCGACGCCUUGUUGAACAAUUCGGGCAACGGAUCCAGCAGGGCAAAGCGGGCCAAAAUAUCUGCCGAGAAUUCAGUGCCCGAGUUCAAGCAGAUGCUAGCAUCGGCUGAUAAGGUGGCGACAAUUGAGAACGCUGCCAAGCAAAUGGGCGAGGUAGUAAUAUCAUUCAUCAAUACCAGCAUGGGUGAUAUGAACUAUGACCGCGCCGCAGAAAACAUACGCGUUAUGAGGGACGAGCUUGUUGCGCUGGAGGAGCCUGUGUUCUACAACGACUUUUUGAAGUCUCUCAAGACCAAGAUUGUAUCGGGAGAACUGAACGGGGACAGGCGCGAGAUGUGGUGGAGGAUCAAGUUCGAAAAGCUCGGUUUGAUCACGCAAAAGGAGUCUGAGGUGUCCAGCGUCACAGAAGAUGAGGCCGCCCAGUUUUUCAAAAAAUCAUGA